GUGUUCUAGUCAGUGUUCACAUAAUUAUUUUUAAAUAUGGCUAUUAGGCGAUUAUCAUUAACAGAAUUGGCAAUGGUUGCAAUUAUUUUGGACGAGGAAGAGGAAAAUAGAGGAACUCAGAGGCGCUAUUGGAUUCACGAAUCUCUAAGAAAACGGAAAACUGAGGGGGAGUAUUGGACAUUAUAUAGGCACCUAAUGGAUGAUGAAGAAAAGUUUUUUUCGUAUUUCCGUAUGACGUCAUUCCAGUUUAAUGAAUUGUUGAGAAAAAUUGAAAAACAUAUAACUAAGAGAAACACUCAAUUGAGAGACAGUCUGUCACCUAAAGAAAAGCUAGCUGUUUGUCUAAGGUACUUGGCAACUGGUGACUCAUUUAGAACAAUUGCUUUCAGCUAUAGAAUGGGGGUCAGUUCUGUGAGACGUUCAGUUUUUGAAGUUUCUAACGCUAUAAUAAACAACAUGUUGAGUGAAAUGAUUCCAACACCCACUACAGAGCAAUGGGAAAAAAACAUUGAAGAGUUUUGGUCCAAGUGGAACUUUCCUAAUUGCCUAGGUUCAAUUGAUGGAAAGCAUAUUGUAAUUGUAGCACCUCCAAACAGUGGUUCCCUAUAUUUUAAUUACAAAAAAUCAUUCUCCAUUGUACUUAUGGCUUUAGUUGAUGCUAAUUAUAAUUUUAUAGCUGUAAACGUCGGUGCUUUCGGAAAAGACAGUGAUGGUGGUAUUUUAUCUAAAUCGAAACUGGGGCAAGCUAUAUUAAAUAAUAAGUUAAAUAUUCCUGCUAGCAAAAACUUUCCAGGAACGAAUGUAAGUGCACCUUGCGUUAUAUUAGGUGACGAAGCCUUUCCUUUGAAAAAUUAUCUAUUAAGACCUUAUCCAUCACAACAGACCAUAGCUGAUGUCAAGAAACGUCACUUUAACUAUCGCCUUUGCCGAGCAAGGCGUGUAGUUGAAAAUGCUUUUGGGAUUUUAAGUCAAAAAUUUCGCAUUUAUAAUAGACGCAUGCACUUGAGACCAGAAUAUGCUGAAAAAAUUGUUUUAACCACUUGCAUUUUGUAUAACUACAUAAGACGCGGAGUAAUUGAAACGGAAACUGCGACUAGUAUGCAGUUUCUUCCUAUGCAGAAUCUACGACAUCAAGGAGGCAAUGCAGUUGCUUCCGCUUUUGAAGUACGCAGUCAAUUCGCGAAUUUCUUCCAAACUGUUGAAGGUCAAAUCGACUGGGCUUAACAUAACAUAACAAACUUCAACAAAACAUAACAAAAAAAUAAGAUAAAAUGUACUUAUUAAAUCAAACAUAAAAAGUAUGACUUUGUCAAAGAUUUAACGAUAAUUUGUACUGUAAUUGGUUAUUGAAAAAUCAACUUUGUAGUAUAAUAGGCAUAAUUAUAUGAUUUUUUUUAGAUGCAAACAAUUUAUGUUUAUGUCUCUCGUAUGUGGUUUUGUGUUAAUAUUUAUUGUCUCGUUUUGUAAAACAAGACAAUACUGUAAAAAUUGUAUUGUUUUCUACAACACUGUGGAAUCUGACUUCUAAAAAUAUGACUUUGUGAAAAAUUUAAUAUAUUUGUUUGCAAAAUGCUGUUAUUAUUAUUAAUGGAUGUGAAAAUGUCAAAAGGAAUAGCUUUACAAAUGAAAAUAAAGUAAUAAAGUUACUACUUACCAGGUUGUUUCAUCUGAUCUUCUAUAUCCUUCCAUGCUACAU